AGGGAGAGCAGGUAAACUGCUGCAGACUGCACGUUUGGAGUAGUACAGUCACUAGGUACUGUGUAAGCUGUGGACAAGUGUCAGAAAGGAACCAGGAACGACCGUCACUCGUGAUUUGUUUGUUAGGAGGAAGGAAGCGUCUUGGAGGGAGAAAAGAAAGCAAAGGCUAUAAUUAUCUCCGACCGAUUUUUUUGCCUCUUCACUUGGGGCCAGUUCGAAAAAGAAAGCGGCUCCGUCGGUCGUCUGAAAACACUGUAGUCCCCGGCUUUGUUCUUGUCUCGAGCUCAACCUGUGAAUUAAUUUUACAUUUGAAUUGUCGUAGGAAUUUUUUUUUACUGUUUUCUAAUUGGAGCCAACAGACGCGUUCCUGCUGAAAGUUCAGAGCUUAGUAGUGCACGACUGUAGCAACAAAGAUGAAUGACAUUGACUAUGAGGAGGCAGAGCAGGAGGACAACAGUGAGCCGGAGAUAGAUCAAGGGAAAGAGACGGGAUGCUUUAGGAAGUUCCAGAAUUUGAUCAUCCCACCAGAGUUUCGGGACCGGUACAUGCAACGUGCUAACUGCUGCCCACCUCCGAUCUUCAUCAUUGGCAUCAGUAUUGCAGAGUUGGCAGUGUUUAUCUACUAUGCCGUGUGGAAGCCUCAUAAGCAGUGGGUGACCCUGGAUGAAAGCAUCUGGAAAAGUCCUCUCACCUACGAUCCUUCCAAAAGACAGGAAGCAUGGCGGUUCUUUUCCUACAUGUUCGUCCACGCUGGUGUGGGGCACAUCUUCUGCAACUUGGUGAUGCAGCUCUUGCUUGGUAUCCCACUGGAAAUGGUCCACAAAGGGCAUGAAGUAGGAUUGGUUUACCUGGCUGGUGUCCUUGCAGGGUCUUUGGCCAGCUCCAUUUUUGAUCCUCUCACUGUUUUGGUUGGAGCUUCUGGGGGCGUUUAUGCCCUGUAUGGAGGUUAUUUCAUAAAUGCAGUGGUGAAUUUCAAACAAAUGAAACUUAUUUUUGGAGUGACUCGAAUCCUCGUCAUUGUUUUCAUUGUUGUUGCAGAUUUCAGCUAUGCCUUAUACAGAAGAUUUGCCAAUUUAGAGGGAGGUGUACAGGUGUCAUUUGUGGCUCAUUUGGGAGGAAUUGUUGCUGGGCUGACUAUCGGAUACGUCUUCUUCAUUAAUUUCAAUAUGAAGCUGUUUAAAAACCCACUUUUCUGGAUUUGCUUAUUGGGAUAUGCCAUCUUCCUUAUCUUUGCUGUGUUCUUCAACAUCUUCAUCUCUCCUGCAUCAUAGAACUGGAGAGGAUUUCACCCACAGUUUUGAUCAGGAGGCUUGUUUUGACUUGUCUUGAUAUUGAUACAGUUUUUCUAGUUUUAAAUCUUGUAUGUUGACUUGGUUUAUAAUAGGGCCAUUUAGUGGUGUCUCAUAGAACUGCAAAGACUAUAGACAAAAAAGUGGUGUUUUGAAUAUUUAAUCAAAUCAUAUUUGAUUUUUUUCAGAUAAUAUUUUAAACUUUCUUAAUUUCCAUUUACUGAUUUGAUGGCAACCAUUGUUUGUUUUGUUUACAGCAAUAUCUCUCAUCCAGUAUUAACAAAACUCCUCUAAAUGUAAAUUACUCUUCACAAAAAUCACAUUUUCAAACCUUAUUAGCAACACUAAAGUACUACACCGUUUUAUCAUUAGGUCUCAUUUUAUGCCUCAUUUAUUGUGCUCUAUCCUGUUAAAGGAACAAUGAAGUAAGAUGUAAAACAGAUGGUGGACACACCUGUUAUUGCAACUUAUCGGUCACUACGUCUUAAAAUUGUUACCUUAGGUGAACUUUUAAACAUAUUUAAAAGUUAACUGUAAUUUCUGUUCUGUUUUUUUCUAUCUUCUAUAAGAGUGAUAACUAAAUACUAGCUUUAAAAAUAGGGCAUUUUUGUAGGUUUGGAAAUGUAGAAACAUUAUAUUUUAGAAUAUAUACUUCUAAUCUAAGACCCCAUGGAGACUUUCUAACUGAAGUCCAAAUAUGACAUUUUGUUUGCUUUUGAAUUUUCAUAUCAGGGUGUUCAAAUAAAGUUAGCUUAAUACAGUGUGUUUUGCAAAGCUUGACCUGGCUUCCUUCUGAAAUAAAGGAAGCGUUUUAAAGUUUUUUUUACUAAAUAUUUUUGUCUGAUAGAUUAUCAUCAAUGUGUCAAGAUACUUGUAUUUUCAUGUUGCAGUCAUUUUUAUCAACUAUCUGUGUAGUAUAACAUAUGUAGUUCUUUGUCAUUUUUGUUUCUACUGUGAAAAUGUCUUUCUAGUGGUCCAGUAGUUUCUCAUCUUGUGUUAGACCCUCAUUUAAAACCUCUUUAGUUUUAAAGGGUACAUCAAAGAGACAGUUGUCCCUUCAUUAUAAACUUUGCAGGUGGCACAUGUCUGGUGAAGGGGGAGAUCAUCCUCUUUUCCCAUAAACUGAUCAUAAGCAUUCAAAAUCGGGCAUGGAUUAUCCCCGUCUAAGCCACCACUACCAAAAUUAGUAAAAUCUCCAUCUUUCUCAUAACUGCAUUGUUGUAUACUUUGUCUGGCCAUCACUAAGUCUAACAAAUCAAGAACCACACUCAAAAUGAAUCUUAAAAAGGAAGAAGUGUGAAAUUGGAAGAAAAUGGUAUGUAUUUAAAUAAGCAUUCCUUGGUCAGAUGUAUUGUCCCACCGGUCACUAUUGUGACAGUCAACAUGUUUACACAUCCUACUCACAUACCAAACCAAUUUUUGUAAAUGCAAAGGUGUAUAUCAUGACUAGACACUUUCAAGAUGAUGUGCACCAAAAAUCUUUGUUGUAUGUCUAUUUAAAUAUACAUUGCUAGCCUCUUCUUUGGGAUGUUUGUGGAAGUCUUCUCACCAAGGUACAACCAAGAUAUAAACAGCUCUGGUCAUGUGGUAAUUUAUUUUAAACAUGUGAUACUGCAUCAGUAUUAUCUGAACACUAAACUUUCAAUAUUUGCUGAAUAUUAACUGAAAAUUUAACCAAUAAUCUUUUUGGAGCCCUUGAAAGUGAAAUUAAUUUCUUGGUCACUAUUGUGUCCGGUGGGUUUAAAUGGUCAUGACCUAUAUGCAUCAGUGAGCUGUGAGGUUUUCUGGAUUGAGUGCGUUUACAGCUGUCCUUUCACACCCAUGCUGUUUUUGCAUCUUUCUAGAAAUGCUGGAGCAUAUAAGGGCUUGUUCUCAAAUUUCUAAAAGACAACAAGAAUUUUUAAAACCUCGUAUUUUUUUAAUGGCUCAAGAAAUUAAGCUUUUAUUUUUCUUAAAUUACCAGUAAAAGUAGCAAAUAAGCCUUUAAAAAUAAUCACUUAUCUAGAGAAACUUCAAUUUGGGAUUAAAGUUCAAAUCAGAUUUUCAAUGAUAUAAUACAUUGAGAUGGAGCUGUAUCUUUAUCAAGAAGUCUGCAGUAUUUGUUUGAUUUUAUGGUAAAUGUCAGUUAUUUUUUCAAUGAAAACUUCAAUGUCAGUUUUUGUAUAACCUCUUUGUGCAAACUUGUGGAAAUCUGAAUUACAGGCUCAGGCCUGUGCAGUGAGGGUUUAAAAAAUUUGACUUCUGAGCAAAUUGGCAAGCAAACAGAACAUAGCUGUCCACAAUAGCAACAACCUUUGUUUCUGGAAACAAGACAUACUUGCUCUGGACAAGGUGGUCUUGUCCAGAGCAAGACAUACUUGGACCCUGACCAUUUUCACUUCUUUAGUUUAAUGUAUUGUUGUUUCUGAAUGCAUUUUGUAUGAUCAAUAAUAAAAGAUCAGGGUUAAAAUAUU